AUGGGGGAGCUGGUUUCUGUGGUAGAGGUUUCUGUGCUCCGGCAGAGGGCUGUGGAGAGAAGAGGCGUGGAGGAAGGAUUCUGGUGGCAUGGAAGCGAGUGUCGGAAAAAGGAGUUGAAGGAGUGGGAGGAUGUUGUCUGGGGCCCAGCCUCGCUUCUCCAUGAGCCAGAGCCCCGCCGGCAGCUUGCCAUGCCCCUUCAGUCGGAGAUCCUGCGUGAGGUGUGGACCUCAGACAGUGUGAAUGAGGAACCCGGGAGCCCUCAAAAGCAGAAACUUAACAAGCAGCGCCUCCUGCCGGGGCAGAAGCAGAAGAAGAAGCGCCAGGAGCCCACGCUGGAAGCCAAGCCCAAGAAAUCGAAAGUGAAAAAGUUGGACAACCCGAGCCUGGCAGAGGAGCCCAGCGCCCCCUCUCAGACUGUCAGGAAACUGAGGAAGAAGAAGGAGGAGAAACUGGAGGAGGAGAGUGAAAAGCAGCCCUACCCCAAAUCCACCAAAGAGCCCAGGAAGAAGAAGGAAAGUCCCACGUCGCAUUUCAGUGUGGCCAAAGCCUCGAAAAAGAAGCAGGAGGACUCUGAGGAGGAGGAAGAGGAGGAGGCGGAGAAUAAUGACCCACCGAAAAAGCCAAAAAAGAAGCCCCCCAAAGAAAUCCCAGCUGGAGAAAGCAGGGAGAGAAAACCCAAGCCGAAAGGAGACAAAAGUGAUUGCGAUGCCAAGCCCAGAGCUGCCAAGCCCACGAAGAAGGAGCCGAUGUCCAUGUUCCAAGUGAGCGGGGACAAGAAGGAGAGAAAAGGCAAAAAGAAAGCCCCAGCUCUCACGAACAGCGAGGCGGAAGAUGACUCUGAUUCCAGCACCAAGCCAAUCAAACCUGACACGAAAAAGGACACGGCUUCCAUGUUCCAGGCGGGAGGAGACAGCCACAAAGAGAAGAAGACCAAAAAGAAAGCUCUUCCCAAAGCCGCCGGAGAGGGGAGCGAGGGAGAGGCCUCGGAAAGCCCUCAGAAGAACUCCAAUAAGAAAGGGAAAGGGAAGAAGUCCAAGAAGAAGGAGGAGAGGCCGCCAUCCCCUAUCAUCGAAGUGGACAACCUGGAGGACUUUGUGCUGCGGCCGGCUCCUCAGGGGGUGACCAUCAAGUGUCGGGUCACUCGAGACAAGAAGGGGAUGGACCGGGGCCUCUAUCCUACAUAUUACCUGCACCUGGACAACGAGAAAAAGGUAUUCCUGCUGGCUGGUCGGAAGCGGAAAAAAAGCAAGACCUCGAACUACCUGAUUUCCAUCGAUCCCACUGAUUUGUCCCGAGGCGGAGAGAACUUCAUUGGGAAGCUGAGAUCCAAUUUAAUGGGGACUAAGUUUACUGUGUUUGAUAACGGUGUGAACCCCGACAGAGCAAAUGCCGACUGGUCGAACGUGCGACAGGAGCUGUCAGCCGUCGUGUAUGAGACAAACGUUUUAGGGUUCAAAGGACCCCGGAAGAUGACCGUGAUCAUCCCUGGAAUGAAUUCGGACAAUGAGCGGGUGCCAAUCCGGCCCCGAAACGAUAACGACGGGCUGCUUACAAGAUGGCAGAACAAGAACAUGGACAACCUCAUCGAGCUGCACAACAAGGCCCCGGUAUGGAAUGACGAGACCCAGUCUUACGUCCUGAACUUCCAUGGCAGAGUCACCCACGCCUCCGUCAAGAACUUCCAGAUCGUGCACGGCAACGAUCCUGACUACAUUGUGAUGCAGUUCGGCCGCGUGGCAGACGACGCUUUCACCAUGGACUAUAACUACCCCAUGUGUGCUGUGCAGGCUUUCGCCAUUGCCCUGUCCAGCUUUGAUGGGAAGCUGGCCUGUGAAUAA